AUGUCAGCUUCAUAUCCUGAGGAUGUUCAAAGUAGCGAGUCAGGAUUUACCAGUGCUACUCCAUCCACUUUUGAAUCAGUCAGAUCUUCAGGACAGUUAGAGUCAAUGCCGCCUCCACAGCAGCAAUCGCAGCCACAAACUCAGACGCAGACGCAGCCACCAUCGCUGCCGCCACUGCCGCCGCACAGUGAUCAGAACAAUGAAGGAACUAGAUCUAAGAGGAGGAGAGGCAAAGCAAAUGUUGCUAAUGAGUCAUCUAAUCCUGGCCAGUCUGAGGAACAAGGUACAGGUAACACUAAAAAACCUGUUAGACCUAGAUCUUGGACUUGGGAGCAUUUUAAAAAAGAUGAUAGUGGUCCCAAACCUAGGGCUAUAUGUAAGUGGUGUGGAGCAUCUUAUGCGGCUGAUUCACAUAAAAAUGGUACUAGCAAUCUUAAAAGUCACUUGUUGAGUCAGUGUAAAAAAUUUCCAAAAGAUUCACUUGAUCCCACUCAAAAAACACUUGUUAUGCAGCAACUUAAAAAAGAAGAAGGAAAUGGGCUGGGUAAUUGUUUGACUUCUGUAUCAUUUGAUCCUGAUUUAUGUAGACAAGCUCUUGCUAGAAUGAUAAUCAUAGAUGAGUUGCCUUUUAGAUUUGUUGAAGGGGAGGGAUUUCGUUAUUUCAUGAGUGUUUUACAGCCAAAACUCCAUAUUUCGGGCAGAAUUUCAGUUGCUAGGGAUUGUUAGAACUUGUUCAUGAAUGAAAAACAUAAGUUGAAGAGUGUCUUUGUAAACUCAAAUCAAAGUGUGUGUUUGACCACUGAUUGUUGGACUUCUGUACAAAAUCUAAACUAUCUUUGCCUCACUACACAUUUUAUUGAUCAAGAUUGGAAGUUACAAAAGAGAAUUCUUAACUUUUGUCUCAUCAAGAAUCAUAAAGGUGAAACAAUUGGUAGGAAGAUAGAAAA